CAGUAACCUCUCUGUUGACAAGGAAACUGCAGUACUUUCGCCCACCUUGAAAGAGCACAAUGAGACUUUCCUGGCAUUAUUUCAUACCCGUUCUUAUCUUUGUGGCACGGUACUUCAUUGGUAAAAAGAAGAGGACGACCAUCCUUUGCGGACAACCCGAGGAUACUGGAGCCUCUAGAUCCUCGACCUCGCCAGAACGAAGUGAUUCCGAGCCAUCUGCUUCGUCCACCUCUGCGAUAGGAAACAAUUACUACGUAUUCUUGAGCUUUAGAGGUUCCGAUACUCAUAAAAGCUUCACCGAUCACCUCUACCAUAGACUCGUAGAAGUGGGCCUGCACAGUCCAAACUUCGUGUUCAGAGAUGAUGAGAGCCUCCGCUUUGGUGAGCCAAUUGCUGAUAAUCUUCUCAGUGCAAUCAAGCACUCUAAGGUUUUAAUCCCAAUCAUCUCAGAAAAUUAUGCUGCUAGCGAAUGGUGCCUCCGCGAACUCGUUCAUAUUAUGGAGUGCGAGGAAAGCAAAGGACAAAUAGUCUUGCCCGUGCUUUACGGACUGGAACCCAAGGAUGUGAAACACAUGCGGGGAAAAUUUGGAAAGGCCUUCAGUAACAGAAUGCAUCGUUUUGAGGAGGAUGUCAAGCAACGAGGACCGGAAGCGCUCAGAAAAGCAGUUGAUUCUAGAGUAUUUGAAUCAGGGAAAUUUGCUGAUGGGCAUGAAGCGGAAUUAGUAAAUAAACUCGUAGAAAUAAUAAUGCGAGACCAGCAACAUGAUUUUCAACCAUGUCUUCCUGUGAACUUGGUUGGAAUUGAUGAUCGUGUGGCUGAGGUUAUGAAAUUGAUGGAUACUGAUCGUCCAGACACUCGUAUUAUUGGGAUUUAUGGGAUCGGCGGCAUUGGUAAGACAACUCUGGCUACGAUUAUCUAUAACAAACUUUUUAACAAAUUCGAGUGUCGGAGCUUUCUCAAGGAUGUUAGAGAAACAAUUAAUGGCAAAGGUAUCGAGCAUGUGCAAUCUCGAUUGAUCUCAGAUGUAUUAAAACUUCAUGACUAUCAAGUGCCGAAUUAUGAUAUAGGAAUAAAUACGAUCCGAUCCCGUUGCACAGAAAAGAAGGUACUUAUUCUUAUUGAUGAUGUGGAUUGUCAAGACCACCUCGAUAAAUUGAUUGGAGGUUGUAGUUUCAUGUCAGGAAGUAGGAUCAUUGUUACAAGUCGAGAUAAGGCUCUCUUGAAGUCUGAAUAUGAGUAUGAACUCAAAGAACUGAAUCGCGAAGACUCUUUGCUUCUGUUUAGUAGAUAUGCAUUUGAAGGCAAACAACCUUCCAAAGAACUCGCGACUAUCUGUACUGAUAUUGUUGCCACCACAGGAGGGCUUCCCUUAGCUCUCAUGGUUAUAGGUUCACUUCUCAAAGGAGAAGAAGAUGAAAGAAAAUGGAGAGAAAUGCUGAAGAAAGUCACAAAGGCACCUGAUAUGACAGUACAACAAAAGUUGAGGAUAAGUUAUGAUGUGUUAGAAUCUAACGAACAACAAAUCUUUCUUGACAUAGCAUGUUUUUUCAUUGGAACUGAUAAAAGAUUCGCCAUCUACAUGUGGGAUGAUCUUGAAUUAUAUCCGCUAUCUGCAUUGGCAAAAAUGACUCAACGUAUGUUAAUAAAGUGCAAUGAUAACAAUGAGUUCAUAAUGCAUGAUCAAUUAAGAGAUCUAGGUAGAGUUAUCGCCCGUCUGGUAGAUAAGAAGCCGUGGAAACGCAGCAGGCUAUGGGACGAGGAAGCCAUGAAAGUUCUAGAACGCAAGAAGGAAAAUGAAAAUAUUGAGGCACUAUGUCUGGACAAAAAGGGCUCCAAAGAGUUCAUGAAGCAAGAGAGCUUCAAAAGAAUGCCUAACCUGAAGUUCCUUCAUUUGAGGGUCAUGGGUUUUGCUGGAGAUUUUAAAGGAUCACUUUCUGAAUUAAGAUGGCUAAAGUGGGAGAGUUGUCUUGACUCUUUAGAGGCAACCAACGUUCAUUUGAAGAAAUUGGUCAUACUUGAUUUAUCAUAUAGUGGAAACUGUAUUAGUGAAAAUUGGACAGGAUGGAGUUCAAUUAAGAUGGAGAGGUUGAAAGUUCUCAAUCUUUCAGAGUGCUGGGGAUUGAAGAGCACCCCUAAUCUAUCCGCGUUUAAAAAUUUGGAGAUGCUAAUCCUGGAAGGUUGUCCCUAUUUGGAGGAAAUCGACCCUUCGAUUGGAGAUGUCAAGCGCCUUGUUUCCUUGAACUUGAGCAGGUGUAAGAGUCUCGAUAAGUUACCCGAACAACUGGGCGAACUAGAACAUUUGGAGGAACUUGUCGUAGACCAUACUGGGAUAAAAGAAAUCCCUCCAUGUAUAGAAUCUCUAAAGAAGCUGAAGACACUUAGUGCCAAGACAUGUUGGCUAUUAACUGAAGUUCCCAGCUCAAUUGGGAAGUUGGGAGAGUUGAUUGAGCUGGACUUGUCAUUUACAGGUAUUACGGAAUUACCCGAAUCUAUUGGAGAAUUGAACAAAUUGAAAAUUCUAAGGGUUCUUGAGAGCAAGAUAAAAAGGUUACCGAGCUCUAUUGGAAAACUGCAAAGCCUCCAAGAGUUAAAUGCCGACGGCUGCGGUGACCUGGAAGGAGAAAUUCAUGUUGAUAAAGGUGGAUUGUCUUCUCUAAAGACCCUUCGUUUAUGGGGUACAAAAAUUUCUCGCUUGCCCGAAAAUAUCAGCGAGCUUUCUUCUCUCGAACACCUCUGUUUAUCUGACUGUAGAGAGCUUCAGUCACUCCCAAAACUUCCUGUUAGCUUAUCAUCCCCGUGGCUCACCUGUCGGAGCAAUGAGCUGCCAUCGCUCUCUCACCUCAAGCAUCUGAAGGAGCUCUCGCUUUGGUCUUGCACGUCUCUUCAAAGCAUCCCAGAUCUUCCCUCCUGCAUACAGAAGCUUAUCGUUUGGGGAUGCCCCAAAUUGGAAAGGUUGCCAAGUCUUUCCGAUUUGGAAUUUUUGUCGGAAUUAGGGCUCGCGGAUUGCUAUGGGCUGAAGGAAUUGGAUGGAUUGGAAGCUUUGAAAUCCCUAAGAGUGUUGCGCCUAUCCAGAGACCUUGAAAAAUUGGAAGAAGAAGAGGAAGAUAAUCUCCAUGCGAUAGGAGGCCUUGAAAAAUUGGGAUCCUUGGAAGCGUUGGAUAUCUCUGGGCGCAAGCACAUUCAAGUACUGGACCUUUCAAAGUCAGAGCAUCUGAAGGAGUUGGAUGUUAGGAAUUGCAAAAGCUUAGUUGAAAUUCGCUGCCCUAGUAAAUCCCUAAAGCGCUUUGAAAGGUAUGGGUGCAAGUCACUCCAGAAAUUCCCAGACUUUUUACCACCCACCCGAUGAGGAAUUCAACUA